UUGCGCCCCGAGGCUGCUGAGACCCAGGUAUUUUGGUGUUUUGCCUGUAGCUCAUGGUUGACAGCUCGGAGAGAGAAAAAUUUGAGGGAGGAUGGAUGCAAAAGCUCGAAAUUGUUUGCUUCAACAUAAGGAAGCUCUGGAAAAGGACAUCAAGACAUCCUACAUCAUGGAUUACAUGAUUACUGAUGGAGUUUUAACAGUAUUGGAGGAGGAAAAAGUAAAAAACGAGCCUACUCAACAGCAACGAGCAGCUAUGCUAAUUAAAAUCAUACUUAAAAAAGAUAAUCAUUCCUACAUAUCAUUCUGUAAAGCUCUGCAAGAAGAAGGAUAUAACGAUCUUGCUGCCCUUCUCCAUGAUGGCAUUCCAGUUGUCUCUUCCUCCAGUCACAAAGAUUCAGGUGGUGGAGUAAUUUCAAAUGUAAGGACAGUCCUAUGUGAAGGUGGAGUACCACAGAGGCCAGUAGUUUUUGUUAACAGGGAGGAGCUGGUGGACGCAAUUCAACAGAAGCUCGCCAAAUUGAAUGGUGAACCGGGAUGGGUCACCAUAUAUGGAAUGGCAGGCUGUGGGAAGACUGUAUUAGCUGCAGAAGCAGUUCGAGAUCAUAACAUCUUAGAAGAUCAUUUCCCAGGGGGUGUGCAAUGGGUUUCAGUUGGGAAACAAGACAAAUCUGGGCUUCUGAUGAAACUGCAGAAUCUUUGUACAAGGUUGGAUAUGGAUCAGAGUUUUUCCCAGAGGCUUCCUCUUAAUAUUGAAGAAGCUAAAGACCGUCUCCGCAUUCUGAUGCUACGCAAACACCCAAGGUCUCUGUUGAUCUUGGAUGAUGUUUGGGAUCCUUGGGUGUUAAAAGCUUUUGACAAUCAGUGUCAGAUUCUUCUUACAACCAGAGACAAGAGUGUUACAGAUUCAGUAAUGGGUCCUAAGUAUGUAGUCCAUGUGGAGAGUGACUUAGGAAAAGAAAAAGGACUUGAAAUGUUAUCCCUUUUUGUUAAUAUGAAGAAAGCAGAUUUGCCAGAACAAGCUCAUAGUAUUAUAAAAGAAUGCAAAGGUCAUCCUCUUAUAGUGUCUUUAAUUGGUGCUCUUUUACGUGAUUUUCCCAACCGCUGGGAGUACUACCUCAGGCAACUUCAGAAUAAGCAGUUUAAGAGAAUAAGGAAAUCUUCAUUUUAUGAUUAUGAGGCUCUGGAUGAAGCCAUGUCUAUAAGUGUUGAAAUGCUCAGAGAAGAUAUUAAAGAUUAUUACACAGAUCUGUCCAUCCUUCAGAAAGAUGUUAAGGUGCCUACAAAGGUGUUAUGUAUUUUCUGGGACAUGGAAACUGAAGAAGUUGAAGACAUACUGCAGGAGUUUGUGAAUAAGUCUCUCUUAUUCUGUGAUCGCAAUGGAAAGUCAUUUCAUUAUUAUUUACAUGAUCUUCAAGUAGAUUUUCUCACAGAGAAGAAUCGCAGCCAGCUUCAGGAUCUACAUAAGAAGAUAAUUACUCAGUUUCUGAAGUAUCACCAGCUGCAUACUCUUUCACCGGAUCAGGAGGACUGCAUGUAUUGGUAUAACUUUCUGGCCUAUCAUAUGGCCAGUGCCAGUAUGCACAAAGAACUUUGUGCUUUAAUGUUUUCCCUGGAUUGGAUUAAAGCAAAAACAGAACUUGUAGGCCCUGCUCAUCUGAUUCAUGAAUUUGUGGAAUACAGACAUAUAUUGGAUGAAAAGGAUUGUGCAGUCUGUGAGAAUUUUCAAGAGUUUUUAUCUUUAAAUGGACACCUUCUUGGACGACAGCCAUUUCCUAAUAUUGUACAACUGGGUCUCUGUGAACCGGAAACAUCAGAAGUUUAUCAUCAAGCUAAGCUGCAGGCCAAGCAGGAGGUCGAUAAUGGAAUGCUUUAUGUGGAGUGGAUAAAUAAAAAAAACAUCAAGAAUCUCUCUCGCUUGGUUGUCCGCCCCCAUACAGAUGCUGUUUACCAUGCCUGCUUUUCUGAGGAUGGUCAGAAAAUAGCUUCUUGUGGAGCUGAUAAAACCUUACAGGUGUUCAAAGCUGAGACUGGAGAGAAACUUCUAGAAAUUAAGGCUCAUGAGGAUGAAGUGCUUUGUUGUGCAUUCUCUACAGAUGACAGAUUUAUAGCAACCUGCUCAGUGGACAAAAAAGUGAAGAUUUGGGAUUCUAUUACUGGGAAACUAGUAUGUACCUACUGUGAGCACUCAGAGCAAGUCAAUUGCUGCCAUUUCACCAACAGCAGUCAUCCCCUUCUCUUAGCCACUGCGUCAAGUGACUCUUUCCUCAAACUCUGGGGUUUGAAUAAAGAAGCGUGUCGAAAUACCUUGUUUGGCCAUACCAAUUUAGUCAAUCACUGCAGAUUUUCACCAGAUGAUAAGCUUUUGGCUAGUUGUUCAGCUGAUGGAACAUUAAAGCUUUGGGAUGUGACAUCAGCAAACGAAAUGAAAAGCAUUAAUGUGAAGCAAUUCUUCCUAAAUUCAGAGGACCCUCAGGAAGAUAUGGAAGUAAUAGUGAAAUGUUGUUCAUGGUCUGCUGAUGGUGCUAUAAUAAUGGUGGCAGCAAAAAAUAAAAUCUUUCUUUUUGACAUUCAUACCAGUGACCUAUUGGCAGAAAUCCACACAGGCCAUCACAGCACUAUCCAGUACUGUGACUUCUCCCCUCAUAAUCAUUUGGCGGUGGUGGCUUUGUCCCAAUACUGCGUGGAGCUAUGGAAUAUAGACUCAUGUUCAAAGGUAGCUGAUUGUCGAGGACAUUUAAGUUGGGUGCAUGGUGUGAUGUUUUCUCCUGAUGGAUCAUCAUUUUUGACAUCUUCUGAUGACCAGACAAUCAGGCUCUGGGAGACAAAGAAAGUAUGUAAGAAUUCUGCUAUAGUGUUAAAGCAAGAAGUAGAUGUUGUGUUUCAAGAAAAUGAAGUGAUGGUCCUUGCAGUUGACAAUAUAAGACGUCUGCAACUCAUUAGUGGAAGAACAGGUCAGAUUAAUUAUCUGACUGAAGCUCAAGUUAGUUGCUGUUGCUUAAGUCCACAUCUUCAGUACAUUGCAUUUGGAGAUGAAGAUGGAGCUAUUGAGAUUUUUGAACUUCUAAACAACAGAGUCUUCCAAUCUAGCAUUGGGCACAAGAAAGCUGUACAGCACAUCCAAUUCACAGCUGAUGAGAAGACUCUUAUUUCAAGUUCUGAUGAUUCUGCAAUUCAGGUAUGGAAUUGGCAAUCAGAGGAAUAUGUCUUUUUGCAAGCCCAUCAGGAAACAGUGAAAGAUUUUAGGCUCUUGAAAAAUUCAGGACUGCUUUCUUGGUCAUUCGAUGGAACAGUGAAGGUAUGGAAUAUUAUUACCGGAAGAGUAGAAAAAGACUUUGUCUGUCAUCAGGGUACUGUACUUUCUUGUGAUAUCUCCCCUGAUGCUACCAAGUUUUCAUCUACCUCUGCUGACAAGACUGCAAAGAUUUGGAGUUUUGAACUCCUUUCUUCUCUUCAUGAGUUGAGGGGCCACAACGGCUGUGUGCGCUGUUCUGCCUUCUCUGCAGACAGUACCCUGCUGGCAACUGGAGAUGACAAUGGGGAAAUCAGGAUAUGGAAUGUCUCAAAUGGUGAACUGCUUCAUUUGUGUGCUCCGAUUUCAGUAGAAGAAGGAGCUGAUACUCAUGGAGGCUGGGUGACUGACCUUUGCUUUUCUCCAGAUAGCAAAAUGCUUGUCUCUGCUGGUGGAUAUCUUAAGUGGUGGAAUGUUGUCACUGGAGAAUCCUUACAGACCUUCUACACAAAUGGAACCAAUCUUAAGAAAAUACAUGUGUCUCCUGACUUCAAAACAUAUGUGACUGUUGAUAAUGUUGGUAUUUUAUAUAUUUUACAGAUUUUAGAGUAA